GUGGAGAGGAACAGAGGCACCCAGAGAGAAGUGUGAUGCCUGGGGAAGAUAGGAGGCUGGAGCACUUCCCCCAACCAGCUCUCCCAGCCCAGAGCGGCGGCUCCCCACCGAGCUGGCCCGGAGGUGAGAGCACGGGCUUGGACGAGACAGGCCCGCAGUUGGGGCACUCACUUGUUUCAGCGGCUUCGUUCUCUCUACACCCACACCCCCAUCCGAGUGGAACACUGGUGUCCGCAUCCGAAUGGAAGAGGAACGGGGCUCAAAAGGGUCAGUAAAUACAUUUUUAAAAAAGAAAGGAGUCCACAACGCCGAGCGAGCGUAGACUGGGCCGGGCGCGCAGGCCUUGUACGUAUUCGCGUGUGUUUUUCCGCGUGGGGCUCGGUCCCAGUGUGUCGGCGCGCAUUCGGGCACAGAUACCCAGGGGGCAUUUGGUUUUCUGCACGUGGCUGCGGGUGGGGAGCACGCAGCGGGGAGAAAGAUUUGUGGGAUCCCCUGCGCUAGUGGCUCGGGAAUCCGAAGCACCCCGGUUCACGAGAGGACUUGACUCAGAGGUGGCUGGGCGGCUCCACGUGGGGCUCCAGAGCUGCGCGAGCCUGGAGCUUUUGUUAAGGCUCAUUGGCCGAAAGGGACGCUCCGCGGUCGGCUCGGCUAGCCCGGGGCCCGGGAAAGGGAAGAAGCUGCAGAUCUGUACAAGAGAAGCGGCCGCAGGCUUGAGCUGUAGCGCUCGGAGCGCGCGAGAGGCGAGCGCCCCUGCCCGGCGCCUCGGAAGCCGGGCAAGCUGCCUGGCUCCCGCCCUCGCUCCCUCCCCCUUCCUCCCUGGCCCAGCCUCCUCCCCGGAUCCCAAGGCUUGGAUGGCUGAGGCCUUUCAGACGUGGGCUGAGCUGAGGAGCCGGGGCGAGCUCUCAGGCUGCUGCGAACUCUCUUCUGGAUCAGCCACCUAGAGGCGACUUUGGUGAGCGCGCGGCGCCCUGGUGGCUCCCCGCCCUCCCCUCUGAUCAUGUUGACAUAAACGCAGGACAGGCCGUAGUACCGCGCGGCGCAGCGACGUUCCAGUUUCCGACACCUUCUUUUUAUAACUCGGCUCUAUUCCCCCAGCACUCGACCUGUGAAAACCACGCCUAUGCAGCCACACAAUUGGUCCGAAAGCGUCAAAGAGCCAAUCAACAAGCCUCGGGCUCCCGCAGCCCACAGCGCAGCCCGACCGUCCAGAGCCGCCGAGCAGACGCCCGGGGAAUUCUAGAGGCGGAGGAGGGUGGCGAGGUGCUCGCUCUCUCUUUCUCUCUCUCCCUCCCUUUACUCGCCUACUCCAGCUCCCAACCGCUCCUCUCUCUUUUCCUUCUUUCCUAUUUUUUUUUUUUUUGCACCCGUCUUCUUGAUCGUCCCUCGCCCUGCGUGCCGGGACGCUGAUUUUUUUUUUAAUUUAUUAUUUUUAGGAAGGCGAUUUCGCUCACGUUUUUUUAGCACAAGGAAGACAGCCGGGUCCCCGAGGCAGAAGAUCGCAGGCACCCUUCGAUCGCCACCCAGACACUGCACGCAGCCCGGAGCCAGAGAGGAGGAUCACGAACCGAAGCCAGAGUCGCAGUUCGAGUUUUGAAAGCUCCGCUGGAAAGGGGCUUAAAUCGCUUUUUUUUUUUUAAAGGAGAGACUUUUCCUCCCCCUUGAUCUCGCUGCCUGUGAAAGCAAGAGUCUAGCUCAACUAAGACGCCUCCUGCGAGAAAGCCAGAGAAGAGCUAGGGGGCGGGGGAAGGAGUCGGAAAAAAAGGUUAAAAAAAAAGUCUCCGAGAACCUUGCGCUUUGGCAACAAAGAGCGUGGGAGCCGGGGAGCCACCCCGGGAAAGGGCUGCUGUGUCUAUUUCCAGCUAAGCCACAGGGCUCGGGCGCCAGUCGAGCCCCUGCUUGCUGCUUGCCCUGCUGAAACCGACUUCCAGGAGCGGCUUUUCCAACACACUCCAGGCACCAGGACAGCCCCUGCAGCGGCUAUGUCUCUUGAUUUGUCGCCUCGUCCUCUUUAAAAGCGGCGUUCUCUUCCCCCCAAAGACACUUUCCCCCCUCCCUUUCGAACGCUUUAUUGGUAAUUUGCCCCCCUUUUAAUUUUAAACAAAACUAUGUGUCGCUGUUGAAUUUUUUAAUCAUUAUUUUUGCAAAGCAACAACAAAAGCGGAGCCAAGCCAGCAGCUGAGGACUGCUUCCCUGUCUGGAGUGGAUGAGCCUCUCCAUGAGAGAUCCGGUUAUCCCUGGGACAAGCAUGGCCUAUCAUCCGUUCCUACCUCACCGGGCGCCGGACUUCGCCAUGAGCGCGGUGCUGGGCCACCAGCCGCCUUUCUUCCCCGCGCUAACGCUGCCUCCCAACGGCGCCGCGGCGCUCUCGCUGCCCGGAGCCCUGGCCAAACCCAUCAUGGAUCAGUUAGUGGGGGCUGCUGAGACCGGCAUCCCUUUCUCAUCCCUGGGACCCCAGGCACAUCUGAGGCCUCUGAAGACCAUGGAACCCGAAGAAGACGUAGAAGACGACCCCAAGGUGCACCUGGAGGCCAAGGAACUUUGGGACCAGUUUCACAAGCGGGGUACAGAGAUGGUCAUUACGAAGUCAGGAAGGCGAAUGUUCCCUCCAUUUAAAGUGAGGUGCUCUGGGCUGGAUAAAAAGGCCAAGUAUAUUUUAUUGAUGGACAUUAUAGCUGCUGAUGACUGUCGAUAUAAGUUUCACAAUUCUCGGUGGAUGGUGGCCGGUAAGGCAGACCCCGAAAUGCCAAAAAGAAUGUACAUCCACCCGGACAGCCCCGCUACGGGGGAGCAAUGGAUGUCCAAAGUCGUCACUUUCCACAAACUGAAACUCACCAACAACAUUUCGGAUAAACACGGAUUUACUAUACUAAACUCCAUGCACAAGUACCAGCCGCGGUUCCACAUCGUCAGAGCCAACGACAUUCUGAAACUGCCUUACAGUACCUUCCGCACAUACCUGUUCCCGGAAACAGAAUUCAUCGCCGUGACUGCCUAUCAGAAUGACAAGAUAACCCAGUUAAAAAUAGACAACAAUCCUUUUGCGAAAGGUUUUCGAGAUACUGGCAAUGGCAGGAGAGAGAAAAGAAAGCAGCUCACUCUGCAGUCCAUGAGGGUGUUUGAUGAGAGGCACAAGAAGGAGACCGGAACUUCUGAUGAGUCCUCCAGUGAGCAGGCGGCCUUCAACUGCUUUGCCCAGGCCUCCUCUCCCGCUGUGUCCACCGUGGGGACCUCCAACCUCAAAGAUCUGUGUCCCAGCGAAGCCGAGAGUGACGCCGAGGCUGAAAGCAAGGAGGAGCAUGGCCCCGAGGCCUGCGACACGGCCAAGAUUUCCACCACCACAGCGGAGGAGCCGGGCCGCGACAAGGGCAGUCCAGCCACCAGGGCGCAGCUGUUCCCCGCGGAGCCCAGCCGGGCCCGAGACACUGCGCGUCUGGACAAGGCAUCGCCAGACUCGCGCCACAGCCCGGCCACCAUCUCGUCUAGCACCCGAGUUCCGGGAGCGGAUGAGCACAGGAGCCCCGGACGCGAGGGUCCGGUGUCGGCCAAGGUGGAUGAGGCUCGAGCGCUGCCGGCCAAGGACGCCUUUGCUCCGCUGUCGGUGCAGACAGACGCCACCGCGCAUCUGACGCAGGGGCCCCUCCCGGGCUUGGGUUUCGCCCCGGGCCUUGCUGGCCAGCAGUUCUUCAACGGGCACCCUCUCUUCCUGCACCCGGGCCAGUUUGCCAUGGGCGGCGCCUUCUCCAGCAUGGCUGCAGGCAUGGGGCCCCUGCUGGCCACAGUAUCCGGGGCAUCCACCGGCGUCUCAGGCCUCGAUUCCACAGCCAUGGCCUCGGCUGCUGCAGCUCAGGGACUGUCCGGGGCGUCAGCUGCCACCCUGCCCUUCCACCUCCAACAACACGUUCUGGCCUCCCAGGGUUUGGCCAUGUCGCCUUUUGGGAGCCUGUUUCCUUACCCCUACACAUACAUGGCUGCAGCUGCUGCGGCCUCCUCCGCGGCCGCCUCCAGCUCCGUGCACCGCCACCCGUUCCUCAAUUUGAACAGCAUGCGCCCCAGGCUGCGUUACAGCCCGUAUUCCAUCCCAGUCCCGGUGCCUGAUAGCAGCAGCUUGCUGGCCACUGCGUUACCGUCCAUGGCUUCCGCUGCGGGGCCCCUAGACGGCAAAUCGGCGGUCCUGGCAGCCAGCCCAGCCUCGGUGGCUGUGGACUCCGGGUCGGAACUGAAUAGCCGCUCAUCCACGCUGUCCUCCGGCUCAGUGUCCUUGUCACCCAAACUCUGCUCCGAGAAGGAGGCGGCUACCAGCGAACUGCAGAGCAUCCAGCGACUGGUCAGUGGCUUGGAAGCCAAGCCAGACAGGUCCUGCAGCGGGUCCCCUUAAAAAAAGAAAACAAAAAGCAAAACCCGCCCUCCUCCCUAAGGUCUCUCCAUUCCAGUUUGGUCAAAUCUGCCAGUGCACUUUGUUAGAUGUAAAAUAAACCACGGGCCUUCCACAUGGGGUGACCCCCGCCCCCAAUCUCUUUCAGUUUUGUCUGGGAAGGAGAAUUACAGCCCUUCCAGAGAGCGUGCUAGAGACCACAGGCCCUGUCGUCUUGGGCUGUGUAACCAGGCUGCUGUCGCUUUGAGCCGAGGGACUGAAGGGGGCAAACAGGCUUUUGUGUCUAGAGCGACUUCUGCGCAGGCUGUUGUGGAAGCUGGGGCUGAAGAACAAGGUAGCCAGCCCGGCCAGGAGCACGAGUCUUUGAGAGACUUCACCCGAAUCUUUCCCCUUUUCCCCUUCGUGUGUUCAGUGGAAACAGUCUCCCCCUAAACAAACCAACAAACAAAACCAAUAUGGGGGUGGGGGGGAGAAGUUCCGUGGAACUGUCUAUGAAGACUGAAACUCAAACGAAUUGCUGAGUACUUCGUUGGGGCAGGGAGAGGAGGGCCUUACCCUUGCCCGGUCUAUAUUAAAGGAAUCCUGUGUCUUUUUUUUUUUUUUUUUAAACAUUGUGAUGGUUUAAGAGCCGAUGCUGGCUUCUUUUUUUGCAUGUUACAGUUUUCUGGGUUUUAUUUUGGAUUUCUUUUUUUUUUCCUUUUACGGAAAAAGAACGGAAGUCCCAUCCUCAACAUUGCUCACGUUGGCAACCGGGAGGAAGUGGGGUGAAAGGGGGAGCCACGGGCGUGAAACCAACGGAGUUUAUUUUAUCUGAAGCGCUGUAGAGGGCUUUCGUGUGCCUGUUGGACCAUUAGUUCCUUUUAACUGUAUAUGCAAUAACAAGGUUUUAAAAGAAAUAAUAAAGAGGAAACAACGACUAUUGGACAAAGUAUUUAUGUAAUUAUUUGAUAUCUCUUGUAAAUACGUGGAAUAUGACUGCUCAGAAAGUUAAACUUUAAUUUAUUGAAUUGUACAUAGCUGGAUGUAAAUAGGAACGUGUCUGUCAGGUUUUAUUCUUGUUUUGCCUUUUGGGUUUUAUUUCCAGGUCAGGAGAUGGCAAAUCCACACUAACAAGCAUAGACUUCUAUAUCCACAUCUCCGUGCUUUCAAGUAAAUCUGGCUGCAAAGUUUUGGUUUUUUUUUUUUUUUUUUCUUACUGGAGGGGUGGGGUCGGAGUACUCUUUCCUAUUUUCACCAAAAUUGGGGAGGAAUUCCACUUGAAAUUCCCUAAACCCUUGACACCCCCAGAGGGGUUGAGAUUGUUGGGGGGGGGGCAGCCCACCCUAAAAACUUUCCUGAUUUUUUUCAUAGACUCUGACAUCUUCUAACUCAAGUAAGGUUUUCAUUGUUCAACUUGAUGGCGGUUUUUUUUUUUUUUUUGAUUGGUGUAUGGAAAGGGACUGGGUUCAAACAACCGUGAAAGGCAAAACAAAACAAAAAACUAAAAAAAAACAAAAACAAAAAAACAAAAAAAUAACAAAAAAAACAAAAAAAAAACCAAGAAGGCGUAUUUUGUGUUUAGUCCUCGAUGAGUUUUCUGUAAUUCUCCUCCUCUUUAAGAACAUCACUGAAAUUUCAAUAAAUUUUUAUUGAAAUGA